AGAAGGCGCGGGGGGGGGGGAGCCAUAGAGACAUGCGCUGUUCGAAUCCUACAGUGGCUAAAUCGUAGUUCCGGCAGAAAUCGGGUUCCGCUUCCGCGACUGAGCGCGAUGGAGUCGGUCCUGAGCGAGGUGGUGGCGGCGGAAGAUCUGCUGAGGUUUGAGAAGAAGUACAACGCCGAGGCCAGCGCCGGCACCGUCUCCAAGGGGACCACGUUUGAGUACGCCUGGUGCCUCAUCCGCAGCAAAUACAACAACGACAUCAAGAAGGGCAUCGAGCUCCUGGAAGAUCUGCUGCCGAAAGGGAACCAAGAAGAAAAGCGGGACUAUGUCUUCUACCUCGCAGUCGCCAAUUACCGGCUGAAGGAAUAUGAGAAAGCUCUGAAGUCCAUCAGGAGGCUUCUGAAGACGGAGCCGACCAACGCGCAGGCCCUGGAACUGGAGAAGCUGAUCAACAAAGCCAUGCAGAAAGACGGCCUGGUCGGCAUGGCGAUCGUCGGCGGCAUGGCGGGUAGCCGACCUGGCGGCCUGAUCGACAACCCGUCGCCGUCAGUCGUAACGAACCGGCCGGCCUGUCCCCUCACCCUCUCGGCUGGAGCAGUUGGAUGUGGCGACCGGCGGUCAGACCCUGCGGAGAAGCUGAGAGACAUUUAAAAAAAUGCUCCCUUGGCGGCCACUAACCUGACCGUGUUUCCUGGCUUCCCUUUGCCCCCGUGGGCUUGAAGCGUUCAAGGGGGGGUCAAAUGAUGAUUCAGCAGUAGCAGCACGAUAGCAGACUAGCCAGUGGAGCGGGUGGGGUGGGGUGGCGGGAGGGGGGGGGAGGCUUUCAGCUCUGAUAACCCAACUCUCUUAUGUAACCAAAGUUUUGGUCCCUUGCCACAGUUUCUGUCUCUCCCUGGUUAGGUAUGUUAGCUUCCCUCUUUGCUUUCCUUCACUGCAACUUGCCGACAGGCUCGGGACGUCCCUUUCUGCCGGGUGAAACCUGCUGCAUAGCCAAGAGCUGAUUGAGUGCCUCUUGCUGUUCU